CGUGGAGAGUUGUAAAGAGGUCAGGCUAUAAUCUCCUCCAACUCAAUUCCGGAUAUCACACGCCAAUAAAAUCAUCUGGGCAUCUCCGCAUCUCUACUGGAAUCUCUUUCUUUGGCUUGAAUUCUCCAUUGUUGACGUCGAAGUUGGUCCUCUUUCCAUCACCCGAGAAUGUAAACAAAUCCUUGAUUGUUAGCGGCUAGCGGUUAGAUGUUCCCGUAAUUUCCUCUUUGUCUUUGGAUCCUAUUCAUUGCUUUAGUGUCUGGUAUCUCUCGAUUCCCUCGUAAUAUUCGUCAAUAAGACUCCAUAAAUAGAACAUCUGGAGAAUUGGUUCCUGGGUUUCGUUCUCAGGCCUUAGCUUCUUCAUUUUCAGGAGUUGGGUUGAGAAGGGCAUGGACGAGGGUCAUCAAAUUUGUGAGGACUGGAAGCCGUCCAGUGGAGCAAUUGAGAAUCAUAGCAUGCCUUCUUCAAAGGGAGGGAAGGGGAAGAGAUUGUGGAAGAAGGUGAAGUAUCAGCUAGUUGAAUACCACUCAUUGCCUGCCUAUUUAAGGGACAAUGAGUUCAUUCUCGGCCAUUACCGAUCGGGAUGGCCAUUGAAGGAGGUUUUGCUAAGCAUCUUCACCAUUCAUAAUGAGACUCUCAAUGUUUGGACGCAUUUGAUAGGGUUCUUCCUUUUCCUUUCCCUGACCAUAUACACUGCAAUGAAGGUUCCAAGUGUUAUGGAUCUCCAUUCUCUUCAACAUUUACCAGACCUUAUAAAAAGAGCCGAUCUGCAAAAGAUACAUGCUUUACUCCUGACUUGCCUGCCUUCCUUGCCCAACAUGCCUGAUUUACAUAGAUUACGGGGGGAGUUAAAGACUUCAUUGCCUUCAGUGGAUUUGCUUCCAUCGGUUUCGGGUUGGCAUGUCCUAGAACUUCUCACCAAAUGUUUGCCCGAGCGGUUUUCCCAUGGAAAUCAUACUGAUGUUUCUGUUCUGCAUGAUGUGAAGGAGGAUGUGGCAAACAUGAUUGCACCAUUGAUUUUGAGGCCAAUCACAAGGUGGCCAUUUUAUGCCUUCUUGGGUGGAGCAAUGUUCUGCUUGUUAGCCAGCAGCACGUGUCAUCUCCUCUCUUGCUACUCAAAGCGUUUAUCAUACAUCAUGCUGAGACUUGACUAUGCCGGAAUUGCAGCCCUCAUCUCAACCUCCUUCUACCCUCCUGUUUACUACUCUUUCAUGUGCAACCCUUUCUUUUGCAAUCUCUACCUUGGCUUCAUAACCCUCUUGGGAAUUGCCACAAUCUGUGUUUCUCUUCUUCCGGUGUUCCAAAGUCCAGAGUUCCGUAGCAUCCGAGCAAGUCUCUUCUUUGGGAUGGGCGUAUCUGGGAUUGCACCUAUUCUGCACAAGCUUAUUGUGUUCUGGCACCGGCCUGAGGCACACCACACAACGGGGUAUGAGAUUCUGAUGGGGUUAUUCUAUGGGAUUGGUGCACUGGUGUAUGCUACCAGAAUUCCAGAACGAUGGAAGCCAGGGAAGUUUGACAUUGCUGGCCACAGUCAUCAACUCUUUCAUGUAUUAGUAGUGGCUGGUGCGUACACUCAUUAUCGAGCAGGGCUGGUUUACCUCAACUGGCGGGACACCGAAGGGUGUUAGGCUUGGAUCUUGUUUGUUUUUUCUAGGGGGGUGGUAUGCACCUUGUUUGUUGUUUCCAGGGGAGGUCUUCCUAUAAAGGAAAAGUUACAAAAUGAAUGAAAUUAUUGUGUUUCUUGCUUUCA